AUCAAAACAAAAAAGUGAGCCAGUUUUCGUUUUCCAUCGUGCGCGGUGCUAUUUUCCCGAUUUCCCGCUGUAAAAGUGCCUCUAUAGAUAAAUAUGCGUAUUCUGUCGGUGGUUGAAUCACGAGUUUACUUCAACAGACCGGAAUUUAAGGAAUAAUUGCUGCCAGAAUCAUCUAGUUGAAUAAAGGCAUCAGUGGUUAUCGUUUGGAAAUAUAGGCAUGUUUAAAGGAACUGCAUGCGCAAAUCCGGAUUGCAAAAGGCUGUUCUAAUAGCAACUAAUAGCAACCUGAGACUCUACGCACCAGAGAUUUCUAUUGGUGUUGGACAAAUUGAUGGAAUGAGAAUCUGCGAAUAUGCGAGGCGAACAGCAAUCAUGCUAUCAUCUCAACAGUUUCUUGUGCCACUUGACGAUAAAACGAUGACGACAAUUCCGGCAUCGUGCCUGCUAAUGGACACAAUGGCUGAUACACCAAAGAAACCAGUCGCCAAGAUCGCCACCCCAGCCGCAGCUGGAUCGAAGAGCGUGAAAAGUAGCAAUCCAAGGAAGUUAUUCUGGCGCGUACUCAAUAGCCAAAUGGAGAACGAGUCGCCAAGACGCCAAGGAUGCUUUGGCUUACCAGAAGAAGAGCUAUGGUCGCCUAUGGGCAAAGGCCGUCUUUACCGGAUACAAGCAUGACAUGCAAAACCAGAACGAAAACCAUGCCAUCUUGGAAGGAUGCCAAAACCGCAAGAACGCUCUGUCAUCGGCAAACGGUGCGUCUAUGUGAGCCGCCCAAAAGAAGACCAACAUCCGCGCUAUCUGGGGCAAGAUUACUCGCUUGCACGGUGACAUCGGCAGCGUGAGAGCUCACUUCAAGACCAACCUGCCUGGACACGCCAUGAGACACUUGGUCGGGUCAUGCUGUACCCAUCCCCAAUUUAAGAUAAGUCGAACUUACUGUGUAAAUUUGCAAAAAUAAAAUGAUAAGAUUAUUUUCUUAAUCAAAGUAAAUUCCCAUGGAA